AAUAGAGCCAUGCUCGUUAGAUACCUACGUUGCUAAGCAAUCUCCCACAGUUUAAAAUUCCGUUUUCCUCACCUGUGAUAACAACCUUGAAAGGUUGGCAAUAACUCAAAAGCCGAGGUCGAAAUAGCCUAACAUAAUAUGCUAAGAGCGUCCGCUAAGUGCUGCCAAAUAGUGACCAUCAAGAAAGGCUACCGAAAUGCCCUGAGUUAAAAAAUUACGGCGGGCUGUUGCAGAACUGCCUGGGCCUUGUGGAUGGCCAUGCAAAUGUCAAAUCGCCCAAGCCGAUCUGGGCUUUCGGAGGUAGCUAAUAGGAGAUAUGCCUGAGUCACCGGGACACUGGAGCUAUAGCGGAACUGUAACAACAAGGCAGGGGUUCGUGAUUGCCUAUGCUGUCAAUGCAGCUAGGUGAUCUAUAAAUUUGAACUAACAUCUUGGCUUUCAGUUCAGCUGAAUAGUCAAGAUUAAUACGAUAAAGUAUGAUGCCCCUCUUGAGGCUCCAAAAACUUGAGAUAAAAGGAGCGUGAUCGCCGCGGGUGUAGGUCUUCGAAGUGAUCUCUUACCUCUGGGACCCUCCUUCAACUAUACACCGCUAGUCCACGCUGCCAAGGCACCUUACACUGCUUCUGUCAAGGUUCUAGACUCUUCGAAUAGCAAGAGACACGAUGCUCGCUCAUGUUCUCAUGUUUCUCGUUGCGCCAGUCGCUAUGGCAGCAACACCCCGAGCGCGGGCUGGCGUACCCAAGAGCCUUGCACAAUCCAAGUUCUUAAACGUACUAGCCACUUGCUCGGCAGGACGUGUCCAGUGUGAAAACGGUUGCAUGCCUUCUGAUGGUACCUGCUGCAAUGACAACACUGACGAGUAUUGUCUGUCUGGCUACUACUGCGUCACUAAUGGAUGCUGCCCCGACGGCGAGAUCUGCAGCGGCUCUGGUGGCGAGGCCACGUGUGAAGUUGGCGAGACAGAGUGCGGAGACCUCUGCAUGCCCCUUGACGGAACGUGCUGUGAGGACGGACUCCACUAUUGUCCAGACUUCGGCACGUGCACCAGCGACGGGUACUGCUGUGAUCUGGGCGAGGAUUGCAGUGAUGGCGGUGUAAGCAGUUUCACGGGCUUCACAACUGCGACAGCCAAAACCUUCACUUCUCCCACCAGCGGAACGACAACAAGAACUUUGACGAAGACAACGACGACGACAUCUAGCAGAGAUAGUAGUACGUCGACCACCACCACCAGCAAACAGAGCACAUCAUCAUCAUCCACAACCACCACAAGUACGCAUUCAAACAGUGUAGGGUUUAUCACUCCUGCUCCUAGCGCAACUGUCUCUACAUCGGUCUCGGUACAGGCUGGAGGUAUAUUUACUGCGGAUGGCAAGAUUGUGGCUGGUCUUGCUGUCGCUGCCGCGUUGUUGAUCUAGAUACCUAGG